AUGCAGCAGAACAACACUCACUCUGGAGGCAAUCAGUCGACCGGUGGUAUGAGACCAGUGAAUCCAGUCAGUCCGUUGAUGGGUGUUGAGAAUGACGCGAAGGUGAACAGUCUUCAUGUUGAUGAUGUGGGAGUUGUGAAUUCGUUGAAUAUGCGGUGUAGCGCAUCUGUGAGUGGGACGAUCGAUUUGUCCAUAUCGAUAUCGAGUGAUGAAGAGAGUGUUCCAUCGAUGUGUGCAAACAGAGAUGAUUUGUGUGCUGAUGAUGUGAAUGAGCGUAUUGCAAAUGCACCUGGGCAUCAUGUAUGUGAUCGGAAGAGACGGUCAUCUUCUGAAAUACUGACCACCAAGUUGUUGAAAUAUUUGGAUAUGAAGAUUGACAUAGUGGAGAUGAAGAAGCGAUAUUGGUGUGAGAAGCUGAAUGCAAUGUCGAAAUCUUGA